GAUUCUCGGUGGGCGUUGUAGUUUUUUUUGAGUAUUGCUUUCCGUUUGUCCUUCCAAAAUCUAUGCCUGUUAGCUACUCCAGACCCUAAAUUCGGGUUUCUGGGUGCGUGGCAGGGUAGGCGGGUCUCUUCUUAAUCUCGGCUGCGAGAUUCAUAUUUCAUAGUAAUAGGGGGCUGGUGGGGGGCAUACCUCUUCGAUUGCUCAAAGAACAACUACCAAAGAGACCAGUAGUCCCUCUCUCUUUUGGGAGCCAGCGGUCGGGCGGGUUGCGUUCGCCAUGUUGGUGAAGGCAAACGGAGGGGACUGGAGCUCCAGGACUGUAGGCUCUGCUGCCCCAAGUCCGCCAUAUUAAUAAAGAGAAAGGGAAGGUUGACUACCGCCCCCCCGCCUCCCGCUACACACACACACACACACACACACAACGCAUACACAACCCCUUCCUCGCACGCAGGUCCCACGACUCAGUUCUUUGGCCCUUCCCCUGCCACGCUUGCCCACUCUCUGCCCGAAGGGAGCGUAGCAACCCGCACCUCAAAUCAGGCUUAAGACAGCGCCGAAUGAGGGGGAAAGGGAAAUGCCGACCAAUUGCGCCGCAGCGGGCUGUGCUACUACCUACAACAAGCACAUUAACAUCAGCUUCCACAGGUUUCCCUUGGAUCCUAAAAGAAGAAAAGAAUGGGUUCGCCUGGUUAGGCGCAAAAAUUUUGUGCCAGGAAAACAUACUUUUCUUUGUUCAAAGCACUUUGAAGCAUCUUGUUUUGACCUAACAGGACAAACUCGACGACUUAAGAUGGAUGCUGUUCCAACCAUUUUUGAUUUUUGUACCCAUAUAAAGUCUAUGAAACUCAAGUCAAGGAAUGUUUUGAAGAAAAACAGUUGUACUCCAACUGGACCAUCCAGUUUAAAAUCAAACAUUACUAGUCAGCAAGUACUACUCGAACACAGUUAUGCCUUUAGGAAUCCUAUGGAAGCAAAAAAGAGGAUAAUUAAACUGGAAAAAGAAAUAGCAAGCUUAAGAAGGAAAAUGAAAACUUGCCUACAGAAAGAACGCAGAGCAACUCGAAGAUGGAUCAAAGCCACCUGCUUGGUGAAGAAUCUGGAAGCAAAUAACUUAUUACCGAAGGGCACAUCGGAACACAUUUUACCAACUGCCUUAAGCAGUCUUCCUUUGGAAGAUUUCAAGAUUCUUGAACAAGAUCAAUAAGGUAAAACAUUACCAAUUCUCUAAAUCUAAAACAGACCAAGGUUACCUUCUUUUAAGAUUACCCUGCAUAGGUUUGUGGCUCAAACUUUAUUCUAUUCAAAGAUAAAGAUAUUUAAGGAAAUUAUUACAAAAGUGGGUAUUUAAUAAAGUUUUACUUGUCAUAACUUUAUUCAACUUAGAAACUCAAGUCAAGGAAUGUAACAUUACUGCAUAGUUUAUGAAGACUUGAUUACAAAAAAAUGGAAAACUUUUUAUGAAACUUAUUUGGAAGUGCCUUACAUUACAAUUCUGUACUUAAAAUUUUUGCUAGAAAAGGCUAUGUUUUUAUCUUUUUAAACUAGAGUACUUUUAAAGAACAGUCUGUGACAAGUAACGUUUUUAAUUUCUAUGAGAAAAAACCUUUUUCCCAUACCAAAGUUGGGAUAUCAUGUUCUAAAUAAGAUGCUUAGUAGGAGUUGACCAACAUGAAAUAUAAUUUUAAAACUGCUGGGGUUUGUAUUAAUUAAAUUAGUACUGUCACUGUGACUUGGAAAAAUUACAGAAAAAACCUAAAGUACAGGACAAGGUUGUUCAUUUAAACUUUCUGUAUCUUUACAUCAGGAAAACUCAGCUAAUCGGCCUCCUUCAUAGCAAAACUAGCUUUUGCAAUAGCUUGUAAAAUAUUUUUAAUGUAGUAUUUUUCAGUGGGACGCACCCUUGAGUCAUCCAAACUGUGUAAGGCCUCAAGUACCUCAGAUUAGUAAAAACUGGUAGCUGAUUACAUGUUCAUCUUCUAAGAAAAUAUGCUAUGAAAUAAUGUAAAAAUUGAGAUCUUUUACUUGAAACAAAAAGAUAAAUACAUACUACAUUUUUUCUCAUAAUAAACAUAUUACAUUUCUAGUUUCAAAAGUGAUUCAUUAAUAGGCAAACAUGCUACAAAGAUCUGUGUUUGGAAUACUCCCUUGGUCCCCAUGUGUGUUGAUACUAAAACUCAUAAGCUUUCUUUUUUUCUCAUAAACCCACAAUAGAAUUAAAUUAUUAAAAAGUACUUACCAUAUUAUAUCUUCACAACUUAUAACCUAAGAUGAAAUCAAUUUAUCUUACACAUCAGCUUGCUUUUUUAUCUCCUUUUUUAGUGAGAGUCAAAUACAGCAACCAUACUGCUUAAGGGAAAUGAAAUGUAGAUUUCUCUAAAAAUACAUGUGUCUGUGAUAAAGCUAUGCGAGUGCUAAUUAUUUUACAAAACAGAUAUCAGAACUAUUCUUAGAGGUUUCACUUGAACAGUUAAAGGGUUUGCCUUAUUUUACCAGAUAACUGUUUAAUAAGAACCCUUUCCUUCAAACAGGUUUGGUCAGAUCAUAUAAAAAUUUAUUCGUGUACCGUCAGGUUAUUCAGGUCUGAUUUUGAGCUUCUGACACCACCAUAUAAAAGUAAUAUGUCCAUAAUCAUAUAUUACUGUAAAUUUUUCCCAUAAGGUAAUGGCUACUUGAUGAUUUAAAAAAGAAAAAAACUCUUUUAAAAAUAAUGUUUGCUUAGAUCCUAGUAAAACUCUUUUCACAUUAUUAGCAUCCUUUCUAAUAAUGGAAUAAGGAAUAUCUCCCAAGCAACUAGAUUCACAAUGGCAAAGGUAGGAAAAAUCUGUUUUAGUUAUCGUCAACACUUAAAUAUUUAUGAAGAUCCUUUUGUGUAUAGUGUAAACCUUUAGUCAUUUUAUCUUUAUCUUAAAUAUUGGAUAUAGCUCCUUGGAAUUGUCAUUACAUGUUUUCGGCUAUCUUUAUGUGGUUUCAGACAUAACCAUCAGCAAAUAAUUACUGACCAUUUCUAUUUUACCCCUCAAAGCAAGUUGGGCAAAUAAUCAUUUAAACAUAAAUUAUGUUUACAAUAUAAACUUUCAUGUGGUUCACCACCCUUCCACAAUACAAAACAAAAUACUCACACAGGCUGAUUCUCAUCUACAAUAAUAUCUUGAUUUCUUAAUAUAACAUUUUAAAAUAACAAAAAUAAAACAUUUUAAAAUACAACAAGCUUUUGGCAAAGUUACUUAAGCUUCAUUCAUUAUUAUUGAGACCACCGAAUAAAUUACCAUUCGGUAAUUUUAUUAAUUUUUUAAAAAUUUUUUCUGUGCUCGUGGCAUGUGGAAAUGCCUGGGCCAGGGUUCAAACCUGUGCAGCAG